AUGAAGAAAGCAGAUAAGGAAUAUGUGGAUAGUGAGUUAAUGAAGAAGGCAAAUUUGGUUUAUGUUGAUGAAAAAGAUAAUGAAAUUAAAGAAAAGGUUGAAUGGUAUCAUGAAUGGACAUUUGAGACUUUUAAAGUUAAAGCUGAUACAGAAUGGGUUUCUGGAUGUUUAGACCUUAAAGCUGAUAAAACUUAUGUUAACGAUGAGUUAGAGAAGAAAGCAAAUAAGACUCAUACACAUACAAGUUUUACAACUGUUGCUAUAGAAAGUAUUGAAGGAACGGUUGAAGAAACUGGUGGGGAUGCAUUAUAUUGUAAACCUCCUAACUUUCCACAAGGUUUAACAUCGGAUGACGACAUAACGACGAUGAGAAACAUUAGAUGUAAAGAUGUUUAUGUCAUGAAGGAUGAACAUAAUAUUAAAUUCACUGCUCAAGAUUUAUAUGACAAGAAAGCAGACAAAACAGAGCUUCAAACAUUAAAGACAGAAAUGCUUCAAACAUUAUAUCCUAUAGGCUCUAUUUAUACGUCAAUGAACUCAACAAAUCCAGAAACAGUUCUGGGUUUUGGAACUUGGACUCAAAUAGUCGACAGGUUUUUGUAUUGUGCAAACUCUUCAAAGGAAAUGGGUGGAAGUAAAACGAUUACAGGUGAAAAUUUACCUGCACACAGUCACUACAUAGAUUUAAGCACAUCUCAAGCGGGUUGGCAUAAGCAUAAAUUUUGGGAUUGGUCGGCAAUGAAAAAAGGUAAAGGAUAUGAUGUUAAAGACGACGUUCAGUUUGCUAUAAAUUGUUUCUGGGGUAACACUCAGGGAGAUGGAAACCAUACACAUCGCGUUUCAGGAUAUACGCAAACAACGGGACAAAGUAAAGAUUACAUGCCACCAUUUAUGACUGUAUUCACAUGGUAUAGAGUUCAAUGA